AAGCAAGGUGCGCCGUCUUCCGUGAACGUCAUUCUCCAUCGAGCACAGCGUAUAAACGGCCGUGCUUUGCCGCGCAAUUUGACAUUUUAGUGGUUUUUUUUAAAUAUUGUCUACAGCAGCACACAUUGGCUGUAAGAAGUAAUGAAGUCAUUUGGUUUAGUCCUGCUGAUCUGUGUCGGCUUGUCUUCGGCACGAUGGUUACGACGUGGGAAAUCGAAUCAACCCAAAGAAACCAGCUUCAUUGGGGAGGCUACCAAUGAACUAUCAACAGCCCUAUUACAGGGCUACAUUGAUGAUAUUAACAACAUUGUGUUUUCUCCCCUGGGCUAUUCUUCUAUUCUUGCCAUUUUGGCUGAAGGCGCCCAAGGAGAAACUAAAGAGCAGUUGGUCAAUGCACUUCAUCUCCCCAAAGAUGAGAAACUUAUCAGAAAGAAUUAUCGCUACAUAAUGGAAAGAUUAAAAUACACAAAUAAAUUUGAAUACAACAAACCUGAGUUACAAAAUUAUUUCUAUGUUUACAAAAACUACUCUAUCAAUGAAGAUUAUAAGAAAAUACUGCAAGAAUUUUACUUAACAGAUGUAAGAUCAGUAGAAAGAUAUUCAAACAUUGGCGAUGAUGAGGAAGACAAAAAAAUUCAAGAUAUCGAACCUCCAAAAGAAAAUGAGGAGAAACUCAUAACAUAUGCUGUUGAAGAUAAACCAGAGAAAAUUGAUUUAUCUCAAAUAACUUACAAACCAGCUAAAAAUAUUAAAGAACAAAUUAAAUUAGUUAAAAUUUCUAACGAAGACGUAAGUAUUUCUAACGAUGAAGAAGAGACCAUGGUAGCUGAUGAAGCUAGAAACCAUAUUAGAAACCAACGCGAGCUCAUGAACAAAAAUGAUAUUGCUUCAAGUAUUUCUGUAAAUGGUGUUGGGAAAAAGGACAGUGAUCCAAAAUCAACUUCAAUUAUGAUAAUCUUCAACGGCAUGUACUUUAGAGGCUCGUGGAAGAAGCCGUUUGAUGUCAUUGAACCUGGUCUAUUCUAUAAAUCCAACUCUGAAAAGAAACAUGUAAUGAUGAUGAAGACUAGAGGCAAGUUCAUGACUGGAUCAUUGCCGGAGUUGGAUAGUGAGGCACUUCUUCUGCCGUAUGAUGGUGGUAGAUACGCCUUAUUAGUAGUAAAUCCAAGAUCCCGUGACGGUCUUAUGAGACUUACUGCUGACCUUCCAUCGGCCUCUAUUUCUGACAUCAAGGAUAGUCUUUUUGAAGAGGAGCUUCAAGUGUCACUGCCGUCUUUCUACGUCAGUACCACUACGAAGCCCGUCGCUGCUUUAGCUAAGUUUGGUGUAAGCCGAAUUUUUGGCCGUGACGCAGAAUUAUCGGGAAUAUCAUCUAAGGAAGGGCUGUUCGUCCAGGAACUGGUUCAGAAUGUUGUCGUGAGGGUAGACAAUACUAAUUCAUCUGCGUCGCUUAUCGCAGUGAGCGAUGUUGUGGAGCUCAAGAAUGUACCUUUGAACGAGCCUCGUCAUUUCUGCGUCGAACACCCGUUUGUGUUCUACAUCAUUGACUGUUUGGAUAAUUUGGUUGUUGUUGCUGGAAAGGUCAAUGACCCCGAGCCACCUAACGAUAAUUUUUAAAGUAUCUUCAUUUGAAGAAAGCUCUUUGGUUGUUAUAACUUAUGCCUGUGCCCUUAUAUUAUCGGUAUUGUUGGAUAUUGAAGAAAAUUUUAGAUUUAUCAACGACCAGUUAAAAUAACAUUUUUAUGUCCCCUUAGUUAUAGUCAGUUUUAUAAACAAUAUAAUCCAAGCAACUAAACGAGUUAAAAUAAAUCAAAAACAAAUCAUUUCUAAAAAAACGUGUGUGUUAGUUAUACUUCGUUGGCGUAACAAGAUAGAAAUAUUUUCAAUUUUUUUUAAUCUUUAACCCUAUAUUCAUUUGUAGAAAAAACGACAUUAACAAUUAGAAAAAACCAAAACGUUGAUUAUAGCUAACUUCUCAGUCUCGGUUUUUUGUGACGGUGUGCGUGCGCAUCGUAAAAAUAUACUCAAUUUACCCGAAUGCGCCCAAAAAGCAUAACUUCAAUAAAAAGUUAUAAUAUAUUACGUUACUAACACAUCUACAAAAUGUUUUUGAACAACUCCUGCGCUUGUACAAUUUGCAAGACAGACUUAGAGUUUAGAAUUAAUAAUUAUUUAAUAUAAUUUAUUUCAAUUAUUUUUAUAACUUAUCACAAUAGUGUAAUACAGUGUGAUAAGUUUUCAAAUGACUGAAAUUUAGAUGUUGGGUUAUAACCAGAAGCAUUUGAUAGUGAAAAAGUACACUUUAAUUUUAGUUUAUUAUAAGUUAUUUGAGAGUUGUGAUUUUAAGAUUAAAUUAUUUAUUUUGU